AUGCCGAAGCCGACUAAGUUAACUCCGUCCCGGACCCUCGGCAGCCCGUUUCUACUCCCGGGAUUUGCACCAAUUUUUUUUUAUCAGAUGUCUUUUAAUUACAUGUGA